AUGAAGAGGUCAUACGUCGAUUUUGUGAUUGAUCAAUGGUCGGUGGUACCCCCAGUGGAGACGGCUGAUCUAUCUGGAAAAACAGUUCUUGUCGUCGGCGCCAAUGUAGGCAUUGGACUCGAGGCUUCAAAACACUUUGCCCGUAUGCAACCAGCGCGGUUGAUAAUUGCCUGCCGUAGCGAGGCCAAGGGGAAGGUCGCUUUGGCUGAAAUCGAACGAGAGACUGGAUACAAUAGAUGCGAACUCUGGAUAGUCGACCUUGCUAACUUUGCAUCAGUGACCGCAUUCGCUGAUAAAUUCGAGAAGGAGGGCGGCGAUUUGCAUAUCCUGGUCAUGAACGCAGGGAUUGCGCAUUUCGAUUACCAAACCACCACUGAUGGCUGGGAGUCCAUACUACAAGUCAAUCACCUGGCAACAUCUUUGCUUUCGUUGCUCCUCAUUCCACAGCUAGUUGCUGCGGGGAGAAAGUCUUCGACGCCUUCACGGAUGGUAAUUGUGUCCAGCGAAGUCCACUACUGGGUCACGCCCACGAAAGAGCUCGGGGCUUCCUCCAAACCACUUAAAACACUGAGUAGCAAAGAGUGGUGCAUCCCUGAGCACAUGCGACAUCGAUAUCAUGAGUCGAAGCUGUUAAAUGUCCUUUUUGUUCGCGCCUUGACGGACAGGUUGCAAUCCAUCACACCACUCAGUGCCGUAGCCGUGAACCCAGGGUUCUGUUAUUCACAACUACGGCGCGUCUGGUACGAGAAAUCGACCUUUUCACUUAUCAGAAUAGGGGUCGCUAUUUGGGAGCGUCUCCUGGCGUGGACAGCCGAACAAGGCAGCCGUCAGCUUGUAUUUGCUGCGGUGGGCGGACGAGACAAUGAAGAGAAUAUGAAGGGCGGGUUUGUAAACCUUGGUCGCCUCGUGGAGCUCUCCGAUUUCGAGCUGAGCGAUGAGGGUCAUAAAAUGCAGGACACUAUUUGGAAUGAGACGAUAGAUAUUUUGAAUGGCGUUUCUGACAAGAUCGCUCCAAUAGUUCGGGAUAAUCUAGUAGUACCUAACUCGUCCAUCAAUUGA